GAGUUGGAUUACUAUUACACAAGUUAUGCUGACAAUUAUUUAAAAAAUGGAUCAACCAAUUUUAAAGUGUGCAGUGUGUAAUGAAGACUCGAAACUCAAAUGUACAGGGUGUAAUCUAAUUAGUUACUGUUCUAAAGAUCAUCAAAAGAAACAUUGGAGUUCCCAUAAGCCGGAUUGUGUCCCGUAUAAAAUCGUAACAGACAAUAAAUUGGGACGGCAUUUAGUUGCUUCUCGAGAUAUAAAAGCUAACACCAUCAUUUUAUCAGAAUUACCAUUUGUCGUCGGACCAAGGUUUCAUAAUAAUUAUGAAUUACUUCAAUCAUUUGUUCCAUGUUUGGGAUGCUAUGAGGCAAUACCGAUAAAUACGACACAAAAAUGUCCCAAAUGUCAAUGGCCUGUAUGUAGUGAAGAAUGCCCAGGAUUGAAAGAAAGCCAUAACCAUGCCGCAGAAUGUGCAGUUUUAAGUGUAUGCUACAAAACAUUCUUAUCUAAUAUAGAUACCAAAUUCUACAGAUACACCGCUCUAAUAAUUCUGCGAUGCCUCAUACUGCAACGAAAAUGCCCAAAGAAAUGGGAAGAAUUGAUCAAAUUACAGAGUCAUGUAAAAAAUAGAGGAAGAGGCACCGAAGAAUAUAAAGAAGUAGAAGAACUGGUCCGCUAUUUACAAGAUAACUUUUUUGUGGUGUUGGAAGAAAUUGAGACAGAAAUGACAUCCAAAGUUUUAGAUGAUACGUCAAGCGAAAUUAUACACGUGAUUGCGGGUAUUCUGGAUAUCAAUGCCCUGGAUAUACAUUAUAAUGACCAUAUUGAAUUGUCAGCACUUUAUCCAACAUUUUCGCUUUUGGAACAUAGCUGUUUACCCAAUACACAUUACAUGAUUGAUCUGCAGCAACUAGAUUCUAGGAAGAAAUUCAGAAUCAUUGUUAAAGCAGCAGGUGACAUAAAGAAAGGUGAUCAUCUAUCCACGAUGUACACUCACGCUUUAUGGGGAACCAAAAUGCGUAGGAAGCACCUUUUUGAUUGCAAAUACUUUAGAUGCGAAUGCAAAAGAUGUGUUGAUCCUACAGAACUUGGGACAUACAUCAGUGGACUGAAAUGUUUGAUUCCACAAUCUGUAACGGAUGACGACGGGAAAACCUGUGGUGGAAUCCAAUUGCCCGUUGAUCCAUUGGAUCCUAAUUCAAAUUGGUCAUGCAAUCGCUGCGGUAUGCCGGUUAGUGGUGAAGACAUCGAUUUUUUGGAGGCUAAAAUGUCUGCUGAAGUUGAUUCGGUUCUUGCCGCAAAAAUAUCAGACAUCGAAGAUGUAUUGAAUAAACUAUCACGUUUCUUACAUCCCAAUCAUUAUUUGAUGUAUCAGCUCAAGCACAGUCUUAUACAAUUAUACGGAAUGGAAACCGGAUACAAAACGAUUGACCUGAGCGAGAAUCAACUACAACGGAAAAUUGACAUGUGUAAAGAGCUUACGGAUAUCCACUCGAGAAUCGAUCCAUACGACAUAAGAUUGCAAUUGUAUGUCAUUGUAAUUUUGUAUGAGCAACACACGGCUUUGAUGGAAUUGGCAAAGAGAGAAUUCAAAAAACAGGAGUCUAAUGAAAACGUCCUAGCAAAAUUAAGAGAAGUGAGAGGUUUACUGAAGAAAUGUUCGACUGUAGUCCAAAGUGAAUUACAAACAAAAACUGGAUUUAAGUUAAACAUUUUACUCGAAAAAUCCAAUAUUGAUUUUGAGGAGUGGGUUCAGCAGAACGCAAUUGCCUUAUAGUGUUUUAUCAGUUCCCAGUUUAUUAUAAAAACAUAUACACGCCACAUACAUUUUUUGUACUUGAAUUUUUGUUCAUUAAAUGCCCAAAAUAUCAUGUUCGUGCCAUUCAGUAAUUUUUAUGUCGAGACUAACCCACAUUUUAAUAAGCC